CCGACGCGAUUCGCGUCGUUCGCGGACGAAGCGACCGCGCGCGAACCAUGGAAUGCGUCGAUUCUCUCGACGACACCGCGCACGCGGAGGACGGGCACGAGGAGUACUGCGCGGACACGGCGGUGUCGACGGCGCGCGUCCGGACGCUGCCGAAGACGCGCAUCGUCGCGCGAAACGCGUGCGCGAUCACGGGCGCGAGCGACUUCGAGCCGCUGCUCACGCUGCGAGAUUUUCCGGUGGGGAUGUACUGCGUCCCGGAGGAGUGGGACGGCGUGGAGUACGUCGCGGACAUGCGAUGGUGCGUGAGCAAGAGCUCGGGGGUGAUCCAGCUCGCGGAACUCAUCGAGGCGGAGACGCUGUAUGAUUGUCAACACGAGAGCGGCGCGAUCGGAGGACUGUGGAAGCGACAUCACGAAGAAUUUUGUGAGUUUAUCGAUGCGUACGGAUGUGAGAGCGUGUUGGAGAUCGGCAGUGGACACGGACAUCUGGCGAAGGAGUUUGUCGCGCGAAGACGCGGGAAAUGCCGAUGGACAAUGGUGGAACCGAACUUGCCGAGUUGGUUGCUCACGGGUGAUCAUCCGAGCGAAAUUCACCCGAUCUCGGCGUGGUUUUGUGAUUCGUUCGAAUUACCGAAAGACGUACCGAAAAUCGACGCUGUGGUACAUUCGCACACGUUUGAGCACAUCUACGAUUACGACGAGUUUCUUCGCAACGUGGCAAGAAUGGAACCCAAGUUUCAAAUAUUUUCGGUGCCACACCAGCGGGAAUGGCUGGCGCGUGGUUGGCAAAAUAGCAUCAUGUUCGAACACCCGCAACUGUUGACGCCGAAAGCGAUCGAGUACAUUAUGUCACGUCACGGUUUCGAGUUGCAAGGAAAGAAAGUUUUCGCCGACGGGCACUCAAUGUUUUACGCGUUUUCAUACGCGGGAAACGCGAGCAAAAGCGAGACAUCGCAGCAAUCUCUCGAUGAGUACGCAGAGAACAAGCGUCUUUUUCGUAACUGGCUCAAAUCCAACGUUGAUUUCGUCCAGAAUGUGAACGAUCGCAUCGAUGAAGCGACUAUGAAUGGAGAAAAGCCAACAGUUUACAUGUUUGGGGCGCACAUCUUCACGCAGUACCUCGUCAGCUUUGGAUUGCGUAUAUCCGCAGUUGAGGCGAUUUUGGAUAACGCCGAAGGAAAGCAAGGAAAGAGACUGUACGGCCUUCCUCUCUUGGUGCACUCUCCGAAAAUUCUCUCUAAUGUAGAACGACCAAUCGUCAUCUUACGAGUCGGCGCGUACGCCGAAGAAAUAAAACGCGGCAUUCUCGAAGUGAACGCUCGCACGGUCUUUUGGGAGUAAGGCGGGUACAGACGUUGAACGAUUGUGUGUUAGCAUAGCUUAGAAGCUGUAGUACUUACAUAUUUCAAUUUCACGC